AUGGCCACACCGACUCAUAGACCCAUAGCCUCUCAUCUACUCAUGGUGCCUAUGUCUGCUCAUCACCUGGUGAUCCAAGACUUCGCCGGCCAUCUGUAUCAUUAUCAAGCGUAUAUGAAGGAAGUUCAAGACAAUAAUACCCGCCUCCAACAAGUAAUUGAUCAGUUAAAUAAGAAGAUCGACGAAAUGUUUGCUUGUCAGCAGAAUCGAGAAAGAGUCAUAGAAGCACAAAGAGAACGUAUUCGUUUCUUAGAGUCUGCGCAAGCCGCACUCAGUCCGCUCGAGUUGACGCCAACCGAAUACGUUUCGACGUACAAUACCGAGCUACAAAUGUCGUGCAAUACCACACCAAGUCACGCUCCAGCGGUAGAAACGCUAAAAGAGGAUGGUUUCUAUGAGCAGAGCUUGUUAGCCUUAGUAGAGUCCUACGGAAAUACCGAGGAGGUCAUUGCGAAGAGUUCGAAGAGAACAGCCGCAAAUGAGUUGGAGGGUGAAGCCGAGCGACAGACGGAUGGAGAAUCAGCGAAUAGUGGCGUCGAAGACGUUCCCCGUCCUCGAACUGAGACGAGUCGUACGUGUUUCAUGCCAAACGCGUUCCAAUCGUGUAGCGUGUGGAAUCUAUACAGCGAAUUCUCAUCUGCAGGUGCUACAUCGUUCCCCUUCCACGUUCACGACCAUGAAUUGCUCCGAAGCUUUGAACACCAUGAUGGAAGACAAUGGGGUUGCGCUGAAGGCAUUUCAGGAUCCUCCUUUACUUGGACUGGGUUGUUAUGGGUGGAAAGAUACUACCCGGUGGAUUGGUUCACGAACGGAAAAAUUGACGACGAGAAAUACUUCGAAGUCGCUUCCAUGACAGACAAGAGGAAGGAGCGAAUUCUUUGGCUAGGAUGUCGCCUCGCCAGUCGCCGAAGAGGACUAGUAUACAACAAAGAAUCUCACCAUUUUGCGGUUCUCUCCACGUUUGAAAAGGACAUCAGCUCUCUGUCGAAAGACAAGGUCCUGAUGAUGUAG